GCGGCGGCUGGACUCCGUGUGAGGCGGUCGUUGCUGAGCGGCGGGUAUCGGAGCUUCUCUUCUCUUCUCUAUCUCUCCCAGUGCUCAUCCCCAUCCCGGCGGCUUUUGGGUAGCUGGGGGAAGAUAGGCCGCUGAGCCGCCACCAUGACGGAGCUGAGGCGCAGGGGCCGCGAAGAGGACUUGCUGGAGGAGCGGGAAUCCGAAUCAACGACCUCUGGAAGUGAGGUAAAGCUGGACUCUGGCAGUUUGGACACUGCUUCUUCUGUGGAUAAUACUCCAGAGGUGCUGAACAAGGCUCUGUCAGGCCUAUCUUCAAGAUGGAAGAACUGGUGGGUUCGAGGAAUCCUCACGUUGGCCAUGAUCAGCUUCUUCUUCCUCAUCAUCUACCUAGGACCCAUGGUUCUCAUGAUGAUAGUUCUCUGUGUGCAGAUUAAAUGCUUUCAUGAGAUUAUUCUCAUUGGAUACAACGUUUAUCAUUCCUACCAUCUGCCGUGGUUCCGGACUCUUAGCUGGUAUUUCUUGCUGUGUGCUAACUACUUCUUCUAUGGUGAGACGGUAACAGACACAUUUUUCGCACUGGUUCAGAGGGAGGAGCCGCUCCGGAUCUUGAGCAAAUACCAUCGUUUCAUUUCAUUUGCUCUUUACCUGGCAGGAUUUUGCAUGUUCGUCCUGAGCCUGGUGAAGAAGCACUACAGACUCCAGUUCUACAUGUUUGGAUGGACGCAUGUGACAUUGCUGAUUGUAGUUACUCAGUCUCAUCUGAUCAUCCACAACCUCUUUGACGGAAUGAUUUGGUUCAUUGUGCCCAUUUCCUGUGUGAUCUGCAAUGACAUCAUGGCCUACAUGUUUGGAUUCUUCUUUGGCAGAACUCCACUCAUCAAGUUGUCGCCCAAGAAGACCUGGGAAGGAUUUAUCGGAGGAUUCUUCUCAACAGUUCUAUUUGGCGUUCUGCUUUCCUACGCCAUGUCUGGAUACAAAUACUUUGUCUGCCCAUUUGAGUUCAACAAUGAUGCCAACACUUUCAGCGUGGACUGUGAGCCAUCAGAGCUCUUCCAGCUACAGGACUACACAAUCCCCUGUGGUCUGCACUCCAUUAUAGGCUGGCAAACUAUCCGGCUGUACCCGUUCCAGAUUCACAGCAUCGCCCUUUCCACCUUUGCCUCACUGAUCAGCCCCUUUGGAGGUUUCUUUGCCAGCGGUUUCAAGAGAGCAUUCAAGAUCAAGGACUUUGCUGACACCAUACCUGGUCACGGUGGGAUUAUGGACCGCUUUGAUUGCCAAUAUCUUAUGGCGACCUUUGUGAAUGUCUACAUUGCCAGCUUCAUUAGGGGCCCGAAUCCCAGUAAACUGUUGCAGCAACUACUGGCCCUCCGCCUUGACCAACAGCUGCAGAUUUUCAAGAGCCUGAAGGCGAAUCUGAUCCAGAAGGGGGUACUGCCAGCUGGAGCGUAGGAGUGGCGAUUUCAGUCAAGUGGUUGCAGUGAAACAGCCUGGGGGGAUGAAUCCAGCCUGUGACCUUGCCUUCAGACACAGUGUGCAUCCAAGCUAGUAUCCUACCAGCGACUUCCUUAUGUAACCGAGAGGUCCAAAUCCCUUCAAACUCAAAAGCAAAGUUUUCUUCACGUACUGGUUGAUGCAAUAAUUAGUAAGUAGGCAUGAGUUUAAUCACGGGGUCUCAGCCCAUUAGUAGAAGGUUAGAAGCUGUAAUGACCACUGUUGCGCUGAGCCUAUGAUUAACCGUCAAACCCACACAGACAAAUUGCUUUCUUUAAAACAAAAAUGACUCACCAUCGCGGUUUGCACUGCAAAGCAAGUGAGGGGCUGUGAGGCUGAAACUUAACUCUGCAUAAAUCAUGGAUUUUACCCCAGUAGAAUACCAACCCAAGCCUCUUCUGCACCAGAAGAGGAGUCUUGUGUUAAAGGUCAAACUGAUAUUCCACAAUUACUUGCUCCUUAGCCAGAAUGUAUGCUUAGGGUGGAUUAGAUGUAGAAUUUGGUGUAACACAGGCCUUGUCAUUUUGAAAAAAACAUUUGAGUUUUACAUUUGCGUUCGUCAGGCUUCUUGCGGCAGCUGAAGGAGUCAAGAACAUUGAAUUUUACACUGGCUGUAUUUUGGUAGGUAGAGACUCGGAGAAACAAUUAAGAGCUUGCAACAGGGGGAUUGGAGAUCCCAUAGGGUGUCUGAGGAUAGAUGAAUAGAUUGACAGAAUUCCCCAGAUGGUAUGUCAUUUCUCACAAAUGAUUGAACCGAUGACUUCAUGACCUGAAUGAUGCUAAAAGUAUUAUCCAUGUCUUUUGAAAUUUUCACAGACAGUUCCCUUGAAGGUGAAUAUCUCCAUUUCACAGAACACAGUGACCCAUCAGUUUUGAAAGCGGAUGUUAGCUUUUACAGAAGUGUACAUACAUCCAAAAGGAGUAUGUGAACAGGAGUAGUAUUUAAUUAUUACCUGUAAUUUUAACCUGUAUGUCACGUGAGGUCUUGCAAGGGAACUGCCGCACAGUGAACACAAUUCAUUUCUGGAGUUGGUGAUUCCUUUUCUGGGCCAGUUCCAAGAGCUGCAAGUGUCCUCUGGUACCUCAGCCUCGAGGCUGUUUUUUGCAUGGAGGCCUACAUGGCUGGUGCAGCCUGUUCCAAUACACAGCAAAGACCAAUCCAUUACCCCUCCCCACUCCCAGUGCCCAUACAGAUAUGCUGGAUGGUUACCAGGAGCUGCCUGACCUCCAGCACUCUAACUUAAGGACCACAAGAUGAGUUAUAAUGUGCCUAUUGUAGCCCAGAUGAGAUCAGCUAGCUCGGUACAGAUUUUUUACAAUUGGCAGGUAUCUGUGCUAAGUUCAACUCAGCUAAACUGGAUGUUCUGGUUAGGGUGGAUUGGAUGAGCAAUGCUUCACAAAGGUGGCUGGGGGCUGGCUCUUGGGCUUUUCUGAAUCUGUUGCUCUUCAGCUGAUCACGAGAAUAGGUUGCAGAGUUCCCAGUGCUAACCUGCUGGCAGAUUUACUCUUCCCUUGUCCACUGUGGUACAAGAAGGCAAGCUGAUCCAAUGAUAGCACCCUUGAAAGUGGCAGGUUAUUGUGGUGCGGAGAUUGGCAUCCAUUUCUUUAGGUUACCGUAAGGAUUGUAUAGAGCCAAAAGGCAGGUACUGCCAAAUGUUUAGCAUGUGGUUAGCACACAUCCAGAAGAACAUUUAACCAGGAGAGUGGUGGCAGAGAAGACCCCCUCACCUGACCAGAACAUGAAACAUUGAGUGACCGUGAAUAGAUAGGAGAGAUUUUCCAAGUGAUCCUUUGGUCAAGAAUCCAACAAAACUUACGUGAGAGAGAAAUUCAAUUCUUCCAAGUAACAGUUUUAAUUUAGCUACCCUGCUGCCAUGCUCCUACUGCUAACCUCUUCCCCUCGUUGAUCCAGAGCUCAGGAUUUCAAGUGACCCAAACAUCUGUCAAUUUGUAGUGUCCAGCUCCGUCGUUGCUGUGAAAGGUAGCUCACGGCAAAGAAAACAAUGCACAAAUGCUGUGUCUACAAUCCUUGUGUUAACCGGGAAGGGCACAAUUCUGAACAGUCAAGCUCACACACCUGGAGGAGCAAAGAUUGUCCUGGAGCCUACCUGCAUGUGUGCAGCUUCAUGUACUAUGCUUAGUGGGUAACAAAAGGUGACAAACAUGUUGAAGUUGUCAUAUUUUUUGCUUGUGUUAUUUGCUCUCUCAUCAGCCUUCACUCCAAUAGCUUUUUUUUUGUUUGUUGUAUUAUUAGUUGUCCUGCUGCAUUGUUCGCUGCAUGGUGAAGUGGUUAAAGACUUAGUGUGCAUGCAGAAGAAUGCAGCACAUUGUGGGCUGCAGCCAUCUUAAAGAGUCACCAGAUACUGUGCCAGAGUUGGACUUCUUGCCAAGUUGGGAUUGGGCAGUGUUGACGAGUGAUUCUUUGUUUGGGAUGGUGAGGGGACAGGACAGGACAGGACAGGUGAGAACAACUCAGGAAUUGUUUCAGACUGGGUGAGCUUUCUCUCCAAACUGCUGGUUUUGUGGUUCAGUUUCACUCACGUGAGGGACUGCAGUGGAGAAGAUAGCCACUAUAACUUCAUUCAGUUGGAGAAGUCCCACUUUCAAAUUGAUGAAAUGGAACUGAAUAAAUUAUUUCAGGUCAUUGCAACAGGAAUGACAUGUUUCAUGAAAGACAGUGACAAGACGCAUUAAUGAUAGGCAAAUUGUAUUAAACUGACUGUAAACCAGUGGCCUUACUGAUGAGCUUUGAAAGGUAGGGAGGAACCAGCAAUAUUGCUUCGGAAAUUAAGGAGCAGACAAGGCCAAGUUCAUUCUCAAUGUGCCUCAUCAUCUCAAAAUCACUUUGACAAAGCCGCAAGUGUCUUUGCAGCUCCCCUUUGUCAAUGAAUUUGAGACACUGCAGUGUGUUCAGCUGGCUUGGUCCCAACAGUUGUCCAUCCAAUUCUCAGACUCCGGUUUCAGUCUAUCCCUGGACUGAUGUGACUUGCUUAUUGUUCAGCAGCAAGUAUCCUGCUGUGCAAAGGGAGUGUGGGACACUUCCAGCCUCUGAUCCUGCUGCUCAGGAACCCCUAAUUUGGCAUCAGUUCAGCAAGUGCACUGCAAUAAAGUUGGUGCCUGACCAAACAAGUAUUUCCUAGACUUUUUCAAUGUAGUUCUGCCAAAGGUAGAAAUGAUGUCUGUUUCAAACAAAUGGAAACAAAAUGCCUUUUAUCUAAUGGCAGGUAUAUCCAGUUCCCAUGUACAUUCUGACUGAGACCAGCUCAUUGUUGGAGAAACUUCCAACAUAUCAUUUUUAAAAUACUUUGAUCAGGCAAAUGCCAACUUUCUAAAAUUCCGCGAGAUCGUGGAACCCAUAAAAGGAAAAUCUGGAGAUAUGCAAUCUCUGGAAUUCUCAGAAUGCUUCUGGCCAGUUGCUAAACAUGGAGCCAAUCCCUGCUUGUACAGCUAAACAUGCAAUUUGUGUAAGCCUGUUCGUGUGUUGGCGUCGCUGAUGCUGAUUUGAGCAUGGAUAGGAGGGGAGGGGCAGAACAAAUCCUGAGUUGCUAGCUUCUCUUGUGCACAAUCUGGUCCCAGGGCUUCGGGUUUUCUCUCAAACAUUUACUGGCUAGCAUGGAUCCGUUCAUCUUACAGCCGCACAAGCUGCAUUGAUUCCCUUGAUUUCUUUCAUUUGUCUUCACCCUGUGGGAAUAAUCAGCAGGAUUACAACACAAACAUAUUCAGCAUAAUUCUUUUUGUACUCUGAAGUUUUGAUUUGUUUGCUUUUCUGAUUGUUUGAAUAUUCACUGUGUUACAAGCGUACGGGAAAUAGUUUUACACAGUUUGCUGUUUAGUUUGAGAAUUGAUGGGCCAGUGGCAAGUGGCUGCACCAUUAUAGAUCUGAAAAUCCUGCAGUAUCCCCCCUGUCAGAAUUUGAACAAUUGUCCAAAGAAAAAAUCUGAAAACAACAUCCAAACGAUCUUUUAAAAAGAAGUUGGUUGGAAAAUCACAACGAUGUACCAAAAAAAAAUCAGUUCUUGAAAUACAUUGAUGUUUGGAAGCUCUAUGAAGGACCAAGUUGUUAGUGUUUAGAUUUGGUCCAUUAUAAAAACACUGAUGUAAAUUGCAGCCUAAUACUAAAUCCCCUUAAAAUUGAACAGAAGUUCCUGUUUGAUUCAAACGUGUAGAAUUGCCUGCACUAUAAAAUUCAAGGUAUAUUUCAUAUUAUUUGCAUUUGUUAUGCAGUUUAUAUAUUAUCAACGGGUCCAACCAUUACACUAGAUGGGACACAGGAAUCCUCUAGACCCAGUCAUGUCCUGAAAACCAGCCUAUGGCACUAGUCCUAACACCUUAAGGAAUCGAAAGCAAAUGAACAAGUGCUGAAACUGCCUCUGUCACCUGGGUUGUUGUAGGAUAAGCUGUAUCGAGAUGAUGCCAAAAACCUGUGGGAUAAUGGCAACACAGUGCUUGAUUUAAAAAAGGAAUUAAAAAUUCUCUGCCGAAUUUUCACUGUAACUUUGUUAUCAUGAGAAAUAUUGGCCCCAGCCCUGUAGGGAUGUACUCCAGUCAUACACUGGCCAGCAAUAAUUAAGAGGUGACGUGUGCAUAGCAGCACAGCAACCUGAAGCACCUCAGCAUGCUCUUCACUGCCUGUGGUACCUGCUGACGAGGCCCCUGCAGCUUGCAGUAAUGUGUUUCUUCCUCCUGCCCAGCCCCAUCCCCAUCCCACCAUCCCAGUGCACUGCUCCUUGUUCAACAUAGACACUGAGAGAUGCCCACGAGAAUCAGAGCAGCAAUAGUCCAGUCUUUUUGAAUUUCAGGGGUAUUUCUUCAUAAGCAAAAUCUCUAUCAAGGCGUGGGUAUGAAGGAGCUUUCAGGGAUUGUGUUAAUUCAGAGUUUUGGAAGGCAGUGUUCUGUGCAAACUCUGUGACGUGUUCCAAUUCCUUAAACAAAGUCCAUGCACUAUUGUCCAACAUACGUUACAAGACCACCUAAGUGAAUGCUGUGUCUGUCCGACCUUGGGGAGCUUCAACUCUGUUUCUUAUGGGUCUUCUGCUUUGAUAACACUUAUUUAAUUACCUGUUUGUAAUAUAUUACUAUGACUUGAGCAACUUGAAAUGAAUGAGUUAAAAUGGUGCAGUCACAAUUUCAACAAAACAGCGAGAAGCCUUUUUACAUGCAAUCUCCAAUUGCUGCGUAAAGUACUUUGUCAUCUUACAUUUGAGAGAGGAUACAUGGACAGCAAGUGUGGGAAUAGUAAUGCAUCUGCAGCAUAAUAUCAGAUGCUCUUUUGAGUUUGGGACUAAUGCAUUUUUGAGAGAAAUCUUGCUUUGCAACUGAGCCACAUGUGGGAAGUUGAUUCCCAACCUUGCAUGCAGUUUAUCAAACUUAUUCACAAGCAAGCUUGAAUACAUUUGAAGUGGGUUAUGAUUUUCUUAAAAAAUAAUAUUGGGUGCAGCUUUUUCUUAUUUUCAUGGAUAUGAUUCCCCUGCUUUAUUUUUAAAUUUCACCUGUCUGGACUGAUCUUUCUGCAGCCAGGGCUAGCUCAGUCUCCUUUCCAGCUGGCCACCAGAAGGUUACAAGUACCCUGUGCUUCACUCCCUGCUGCGGGAAGACACCACAACCUCUACUUGGUGUCUUUCUGCUUGACGUGGUCCAGAUUGGCAAUGCACAGAGUAGAAUUCGAACUCAUUUCAAAGCGCUGAACAUUAGCAGACAAGACCACCUGAGUGUGGCUCCUUACAAAAGUAUGGCAGCAAAUUAAUAUCAUGUCUAAAUUGCACUUCUGCAAUUUUGGUUUUCUUCAUGAGGUUGCCAGCUUAAACAAAACUGUCCAGCAUCAGUCACAUGUGUGACAUAACAUCAGCUGUGGCAUCCCAAAAAGUGAAUUUAUGCAGAUUUUUAAAAAAAAGUAGAGUGGAUUAUGUCUGCUCGUGUGUAAUGUGGUUUCCAACAGUAAAAUCUGAUCGGACAACCUCAUCUGGCCAUCCAGCGAGCAGAAUGUUUAAUGGUAAUUCACACUGUAUUCCACGUGAGAGGAGUUUGGCGACAGGCAGAUAGACAAGCGUGGGAUGGCAAAAAACAGAACCCUGAGUCCAAGACAGGCAGAGCAGCUGAACACACUCCCCAUACUGAUAUUGCAUUCUAGUUUGAUUUGUGAUUUACAGCCCAAAAGAAGCACAUACAGCAAUGUACAAGUCCUGCAGCUUUUUAACAUUUUAAAAUGAAGGAAUCUGCAAUCAUGUUGAAACUUCUCAAUGGUCAGGGGCACAGCAUUGCUUUCCAACUAGUCGGAUUACAGAAUGGACUACUACAUGAGGUGAAGUAGUUGAGUAAAUUGUUUAUUUUAUUAAUGCUUCUUCAUGUGUGUCUGUGUCAAGUAUGAACCAUUCAGUUCAAGUGAUACCUGCUGUCACGUGUUACUGUAUAUGUGCUUGUUUUGUAUUGAAUAUGUCUUGUGUGUGCGUGUGUAUAUAUAUAUAUUAUACAUAUAUAUAUAUUUGAUGGUGUUAAAGAGUACAUAAUAUUUAUAUAUGUUGCGAAUAAAAAGAACCUUAUUAAAUGA